AUGCCGCGCCCCGAAUCGACGCUGUCGCUGGAGCAUGGACCCCGCCUCGGCCACCAGAACCUCUCUCACCUGCAACUGUGGCAGGACACCGUCAACUCAAGACCCAAUGCCACUGCCCUCAUCGCGAAGCACCAGUCGCCCACCGCAUUCACGUGGCUCGGCAGCCAGCACAAUGACAAAGACCACGUGCAGUGGACCUACGCCGACCUCGAUCGCGGCGCUCGUCGACUGGCCACUGCCCUGAACAGAACCACCCAUAUCGAAAGGAGGCCGAUCGCCGCCCUGAUCCACAACCAAGCAGAAUGGGCUCUGCUGUACUGGGCCGCCGCCUAUCUCCAUUCGCCUUUUGUCCCCAUUAACCCGAAGACGGCGACGAGGACCGAAGAGAUCAAUCACAUGCUGGACCUGGUUGGCCCGGUGGUGCUCGUCACAGCAAACCUGGACAUCGCCAGCCAACUCGAGAAUGGCCUUUCGGAGAAGCUGAUGUCGUCCAUCGCUACACGCAUCACCCUAUCCCACACUGGACGCGAGACAGCACAGCAAUGGACGAUGCUUGCACAUUUGAUGUCCGGCGACCCGACCCCGCCAGACACGCCCGAUGUCGUCGCUGCUGAUGAUACCAUGGUCAUUUUGUUCACAAGUGGUACCACAUCACUUCCGAAGCCCUGUGCCUUGACCAGCUUUCAGUGUCUGAAUGCUGCGCUCGGAUACAUGGACGCUCAGAAAGUCACAAGCAGCCAUCGCUUCGUGCAGCAUUUACCCGGCUUCCACUCGUAUGGCAUUGGCUGGUCUUUGGGCUUCUGGCUCCGGGGAGGUGUGGUCAUCUUCCCAUCAGAUUCAUUCGAAGCGCAAGCAACACUAGAGUGCUUCGACAGAUUCAGAGCAACGCACAUGGGCCUGGUCCCGACCACAGCCCAAGCCAUCCUAGCGCAUCCCUCCUUCUCAAAGACCGACUUGAGCACACUUGUCAGCAUUGACAUCAGUGGAGCUGGUGUGCUGCCGAGUCUCAUUGAUGCUUGCGCGUCGACCUUGAAGGUGCCAUCCAGCACCAGCUAUGGCAUGACUGAGAGCCCUGGCACAAUGGCGUGGGGAGUCAACGAAGGCUCGGUCCUUCGCGACGGAGAAGUCAUGUCUGGACGACCCGUGCGUAACACCCAUGUCAAGGUGUGUGAACCAGGGACACGAGAGAUCGUGCCUAGAGGCCAGUAUGGCGAGCUGCAUAAUGGUGGCCCGCAAGUCAUACCUCACUACAUGGACCCAAGAGUAUCCAAAGACAAUUUCUACGUUGAUGAGAAUGGCACUAGGUGGAUCGUGACUGGUGAUCAGGCCAUUAUGGACCACGAUGGCGCAGUGCGGAUUUCUGGCCGUUAUAAAGACAUGAUCAUUCGCGGCGGAGAGAACAUAUCUCCGGCCAGUAUCGAGGACUAUCUCAGCAAGAAGCCAGGCGUAUUCCAGGUCCAAGUCGUUGGAGCACCAGAUGAUAUGGCAGGUGAAGUACCAAUUGCCGUAAUCAUUGAGAGCGACGGCCAGCAAGCAAAUUUGAGCGAGCUUAAGCACGACACGCAGCGCGAUCUGGGACCAGCAUUCGCUCCAAAAAUGGUCGUUCGUCUGGGUGAUCUUGGCUUGAGUGCUUGGCCUACUACCGCUUCUGGCAAGAUCCGCAAGGUGGAGCUUGCCAAAGUAGUCAAGGACUUCAUCAAAACACAAGCUGAGAAGGGCAUCGACAAGUCUGGUUCUGUGGUCGACACUUUGCUCAGCAUUUGGAAGUCCAUCAGCGGCGCGGACAGCCUUGUUGCAGAGACACCAUUAGAUGCAUUUGCAGACUCACUUAUGAUGAUGCAGCUCUCUGGCACGGUGAAAAAGGAGCUCGGCCGAGAUAUCACAGUUGAGGACUUCAAGAUCUGUGAUACAAUUGAAGACCAAGCCAAGCUGAUCGAGUCGAGGCCACUCAAGAAUGCAGGUCCAGUGCAGCCAUCGAGAGAAGGGCCACCUUCAAUACAGGAUAUGCCUCAUUGUCGAGAGGAGGAAGAUGUCUUUUGGGAGACUGUAUAUGCCGCUGAAUGUGUUCUGGCGCCUUAUGGACUCAAAUGGGACGACGUAGAGGAUGUGAUGCCUUUGCCAGAUUGGGAUGCGAUUUUCUGCCACCGAUCACGUCCGUGCUCGUGGAACCUUCGCUUCAGCUACCAUGCUCCAGUAGACGUCAAGAGCCUGGAGCGGGCGAUCAAGGCUUCGUUGGAGUUCCAUCCAACAAUGCGAUCGAUGGCCAUAAAGGUCGACGAUGAGCAGCUCCUUGCGACCAUUCGGCCCACCGGAGAAUGGCUCAAGGCAUCAAUGACUACCGGAUGGGAGGUCGAGACCAAGGAAGACCUCAACACGCUUGCGCUGCACGAUCCUGUUUACGACAAUGCCAGUGCUCCCGGACCCCUGGUGAAAUUCCACGUUGCUAAGAUUCGCAGUGAUGGCACAUCUGGACUGGUUGUAGUUGCAUCGCAUGCGGUCAACGACAUGAGCAUGACCAAGUUAUGGCUAGAGGAUAUAGUCACACUCCUUACUGGCGAGGGCAGCGUUGUCCCUCACGCACAGUUCAAGGACUAUGCAACCGCCUUCUUUGAUCACCGCGACGGCCGUGAAGCUGAUAACGGGAUCAAAUAUUGGACUGAAAAGCACCGAGGCAUUUCAAUGCUCCCAGAAUCAACAUACUGGCCUCCACAACGCGCAGCGGAAUGGUUCAAGGGCGGCGAUCUUGGAUGGCAGAGAUGGGACGGCACAAAGGCACGCAGAGGCGAGCGAGCUGUCCCACAAUCCGCUAAGCUCCAAGCCCAAAAAGGCAUUCGCCGCCGUGUAGCCGUCGAGGACAUCUUCAAGCUGAAAGCCGAGCAUAACGUGCCGGUCUUCAUGCUCGUCAAAGCCGCCAUCGCCAUCCUCAACAUUUCCAAAACCGGCGGCAAAGAAGCCAUCUUCGGCACAAUCAACGCCGCCCGAACCUGGCCCUUCGCCUCAGACUACAGCGCCCUCGAACGCGAAGCCUACACCGGCAACCCCCUCGACGUCUCCGGCUGCACAACCGAAUACGUCCUCGACCGCAUCCCCGUCGGCCAAACAAAAUCCAUCUUAUCUUUCAUGCAACAAGUCACCACCGACGAAGAAAAAAACAGCACGUACGCCCACACCCCUUUCUUCCGCGUCCUCGACCGUCUCCGUGACCCACUUUCCUCCGACGACACGCGCACUUUCUCCGAACGUGAGCGCGACGCAGCCUCUAUCCUUCCACUUAUCAGAAGACAAAGUUUCAAUUGGCUCCCCACAGCCCCCACCGCGCAAAAUUCUCGAGGCCUCCAGUUUCAGGAAAUGUUGACGCGGAUGGAUAAUGGGUUGACGAUUACGGGUUUCCUUCUCGAGGAUAAGAGGAGUGUGGCGUUGAGUUUUAGUUGGGAUGCGGAACAUCUGAGUUUUGGCGAGGCGGAGAAGGCGCUUGGGGAGUUGGUGGAUUUUGUGGAGGUUAUGGGGAAAGAGGAGAAUUGGGGGAGGGGGGUUGGGGAGGUUUUGAGGGAUGUGAGGUGA